AUGAACGCUGCAUCAACCGCGUACUCUUAUGACCUGGACAAUUUGAGCGACGACGAGAUGGCGGGCGAUUCGUCUCUAUCAUCAAAUUCAGCGUAUCAUCAAAACGGAUCAUCGUGUACCGGCGUAAUGGCUGACGAAAUAGAUAAUUUGAAGAUUGAUACUGACCUUGAGUCGAUAAUUUUUGAUAAUAAUUACGAGAAUUGGUUAGAUUUAGAUAAUGAAGAUACAUUUAAAGAAAAUAAUUUAGAUAUUAAGCCUGGUCAGUUUACAGCUAUUAGUUAUGUCUACAAGAGUAGUGAUGUCGGUUUAGCAAUAACUCAGAGUAUCGGAUUAACUGGGAUGUUCCAGUGGGGAAUGAGACAGAGUGCCGAGGUAGAGAAUCAAAUGACUUCCGUAGAGCGUGUACUUGAGUACACAAAUAUUGAGAGCGAAUCUGCUAUUGAGAGUUUGCCGAAAAAAGUUUACUUGUCUUAUUCGCCGCUAGAACCACCAGUACUUAAAAAUCUCAACUUUACUAUUGAGCCGCGUGAAAAGAUAAGAACUGUCGGACGCACUGGAGUUGAAAAAUCUUCUCUGAUAUCAGCUUUAUUCCGUCUUGCUGACAUUGAGGGAAACAUUGAGAUCGAUGGUAUAGAUACCGGUAAAAUUGGACUCCAUGAUUUCCGUGCCAAAAUAAGUAUAAUUCCUCAGGAACCUUUCUUGUUCUCAGGCUCAUUGAGAAGAAAUUUUGAUCCUUUUGAAAAAUAUCCUGAUAGUAUUCUAUGGUCAGCAUUGGAAGAUGUUAAGUUAGAAGAAAUUGGUCUAGAGACUCAUUUUAAUAAAGGAGGCUCUAAUUUAAGUGUAGAGCAACAGCAAUUGGUAUAUAUUGCUCGUGUUAUUGUGAGAGAUAAUAAAAUUCUUGUACUCGAUGAAUUAUAGAUAGUGAUAAGAUAU